GGCUAGCUGUUUGUCCAGCCAGUUCUUCUGGGGCAUAUAUUUGCUUCAACAGGAAAUAUUAUUGGCCCACAGCUCAAGACUGAAUCCCCCCACUGCUCAGGCUUCAUGUUUCUGUACCAUGAAGGGCAGGUACUUUGCAUUUCAUCCAGGGCUCUGUGUCCUGCUAAUACCACUGGGCGCUAUUGGCUACAAGAAUGGAGCUCCCUGUGCUCGGUGCCCACGGAAUGCCCACUGUACCAAUGCCACCUUCUGCCGCUGUGAUCCUGGGUUCACUUCACUGUCUGGAAAGGUCAUCUUUAGCACUUCCUCGGAGGUCUGUACAGAUAUCAAUGAGUGUGGCCCACCUUUAUAUAUGUCUUGUGGAAGCCUUGCACGGUGUCACAACGUGGAGGGGAGUUACUACUGUGAGUGUGCCCCUGGGCAUGAGCUCCUUUCAGGAGGCACCAAAUUCCAAAGCAAGAAAGAGAACACUUGUCAAGAGGUCCUCUUCUCUUGGACAUCACCUUCUGGAGUCAAAAGUCAGAGUCUCUCCCGCUUCUUUGACAAGGUCCAGCAGUUAUCUCAAGACUUCAAGCCAGCUUUGGCCAAGAACACCAUCCAGGACCUUGUAGAGGAGAUAGAUGAGCUGCUGGAAACCCCAGGGGACCUGGAGACCUUGCCCCCCUCAGAGCAGCACUGUGUGGCCUCUCACCUGCUCAUUGGCCUGGAGGAUGUCCUGAGAGGGUUGAGCAAGUUCCUGCCCAAUGGGCCACUGACUGUGCAUGCUCCUGCAGGCACAGAACUGUCCCUGAAGGUGCAGGAGCAAGGAAUCGGGGAUGUCACCGUGGGCCAGAGCCAGGCAAAGAUGCAGCUGAACUGGGAUGUGGCACAGAAAUCCAGUAACUUGGGUCCUUCUGUGGUGGGCCUCAUCUCCACUCCAGGGAUGAGCAAGUUACUGGGUGAGGUGCCCCUGGUCCUGGAGCCUAAGCAGCAGGAAGCUGUGCAUGAGCACAAGGGCUUGCUGGAAGAGGUCUCCCCUGUCCUGCUUUCAGAUGUUAUCUCUGCCUUUAUAAGCAACAAGGACACCCAGAGCCUCAGCUCCCCUGUCACCUUCAUCUUCUCCCACCAUUCAGUGACCCCUUGGCCAACGCAGAAGGUGCUCUGUGUCUUCUGGGAACGUGGUCAGGAUGGAUGUGGUCAUUGGUCCACCACAGGCUGCAGGACGGUGGCCACCAGAGACGCCAGCACUACCUGUGAAUGCACCCACCUCAGCAGCUUUGCCAUCCUCAUGGGCCAUGACGACAUGCAGCAGGAGGAUCCCGUGCUGGUUGUGAUCACCUACGUGGGGCUGGGCCUCUCUCUGCUCUGCCUCCUCCUGGCAGCCCUCACCUUCCUGCUGUGCAAAGCCAUUCAGAACACCAGCACCUCGCUCCACCUGCAGCUCUCAAUCUGCCUCUUCCUGGCCCACCUGCUCUUCCUCACGGCCAUUGACCAAACCAAAAUCAAGGUGCUGUGCGCCAUCAUCGCGGGGGCCUUACACUAUCUCUACCUGGCCGCCUUCACCUGGAUGCUGCUGGAGGGUCUGCACCUCUUCCUCACUGCACGCAACCUCACGGUGGUCAACUACUCCAGUAUGAGCAGGUUCAUGACAAAAAUCAUGUUCCCUGUGGGCUAUGGAGUCCCGGCUCUAAUUGUGGCCAUUUCUGCUGCAUCCAGACCUCACCUUUAUGGAACACCUGCUCGAUGCUGGCUCCACACAGACAGAGGAUUUAUAUGGACCUUCCUUGGCCCCGUCUGCACCAUCUUCUCUAUUAAUUGGGCUUUCUUUCUGAUGACCUUCUGGAUCGUGAAAAGCAAGCUCUCUUCAAUCUCCAGCGAUGUGUCCACCCUCCAGAACACCAGGAUGCUGACUUUUAAAGCAACCGCUCAGCUCCUCAUCCUGGGCUGCACAUGGUGUCUGGGCAUUCUGCAGGUAGGGCCAGCUGCCCACGUCAUGGCUUACCUCUUCACCAUCAUCAACAGCCUACAGGGCGUCUUCAUCUUCCUGGUCUACUGCCUCCUCAGCAAGCAGGUCCGGGAGCAGUACAGGAAAUGGUUCAGAGGGGUCAGAAAAUCCAAAGCCGAGUCUGAGAAGUACACGCUCUCAAGUGGGACCAUGUCUGAUGCCUCCAAGCACAGUGUGGCUCUUCAUACUUCCAGCCCUUCACAUGACCCACAUUCGGAAUGCCUACCUCCCAGCUUCACAGAAUCUGCAGUGCCCAAGCCUUGAGUUACUGAUCACAUUUCUGGAUUGCUGGCCACCAGAUACUGAAAUUUCUAUUCCACUUACUGCAGAUCCACAGUUUCAGAGUCAAGAGGCAAAGGUUUCUGGUGCCCAGGCUCUUCUAGGUACAAACUUCCUGUUUCCAGACUCUGCGGAUUCCAACUUCCAGGAAUCCUCCACGAAGAGCUGAGUCCAGCUAAGGUCCUCUUCAUCCAGUGGAACGCAGUCUUCUCUGCUCUUAAGUCUCUGAAGUAGGGACCUCGAGGAAAAUGAUGGCCUCAGUGUGUUCAUUGCAGCAUUGGAAGACAGGAAAACACAACCACUCAAAGAAUCCAUCAUGAAGAAGUGCCAAGAUGAUGGGGCACUGGGGGUCUCAGUCUUCAACUCUUCAUUUCAGCUCAGGUCAUGAUCCCAGGGUCAGCGUAGAGCCUGCUGAAGAUAUUCUUUCUCCCUCUGC